UAUCAGUGCUGUGAGCGAAUCGGAUAGAUAUAAGAAGUUCGCGUUCGUUGAAAAGUGAUAAAUUGAUAUUAGAAAUGAUUCGAACCGGAGCGACUGUGGUAUCCAGAAGUACGAUUCUAAAGCAAACUUCGCGAUGUCUUCAAACGAGCCUAGCACGGCGAUCCAACGCCAACAAACAAACCGUCAACACCUCCUUCAUGGCUAACAUCUUCCGAGGAGAAAUCCACCCCCUCCAGGUAUUCCCCUAUCCGGAGGCAGCAGACCAGGAACAAAAGGAAUACAUCCAAUCGAUUGCACAACCAGUCCAACGAUUUUUUACCGAACGAUAUGAUCCGGCGGAAAGCGAAAGGCUCGGUCACCCCCCGCAGGCUGUUUUGGACGAGCUGUGGGAAACGGGAGGAUACGGACUGAUGGCACCGGAGGAAUACGGUGGGCUGAACAUGUCAAACACUGGAUACGCGACAAUGGGCUCCGUUGUUGGAGCGGUGGAUCUCGGAUUAGCGGUGGUGCUCGGAGCUCAUCAGAGUAUCGGUUGGAAGGGAAUUCUGCUGUACGGAAGCGAUGAGCAGAAACGGAAGUAUCUACCGAUGGUAACUACUGGGCGAACAGUUGCCGCAUUCGCCCUGACCGAACCUGGAUCCGGCUCGGACGCUGGUUCAAUCCGGUCCCGGGCGGUAAAGAGUGCUUGUGGCAAAUACUAUACACUCAACGGUUCGAAGCUUUGGAUUACUGGAGGUGGUAUAGCGGAUGUGUUAACUGUGUUCGCUAGAACUGAAGUGACGGACUCGAAAACCGGACAGAAGAAAGACAAGGUUACUGCUUUCGUUGUCGAGCGAAGCUUCGGAGGAGUGACCAGCGGACCUCCGGAGGAUAAAAUGGGAAUUCGUUGUACAAACACUACUGAAGUUUAUUUUGAUGAUGUUAAGAUUCCGGUGGAAAACGUACUCGGAGGAGAAGGCAAUGGAUUUAAGGUAGCGAUGAACAUUUUGAACAAUGGCAGAUUUGGCAUGGCUGCCACUUUGGCAGGAACAAUGAUUGCCUGUAUUGCUAAGGCAACUGAACACGCCAACAGUCGUAUUCAAUUCGGAAAGAACAUCAAAGAAUUCGGGAAUGUGCAGGAAAAAUUGGCACGUAUGACUAUUCUGCAGUAUGUGACACAGUCCAUGGGGUUCAUGGUUGCCGGGAAUAUGGAUCAUGGUUCGAAAGAUUUUCAUCUGGAAGCAGCCAUUUCGAAGAUAUUUUCCUCGGAAGCAGCGUGGCACGUUUGCGAUGACGCAAUUCAAAUUUUGGGUGGAAACGGUUUUAUGAAGGGCACUGGACUUGAAAAAGUCCUGCGAGAUAUAAGGAUUUACCGGAUAUUCGAAGGCGCCAACGAUAUUCUGAGGUUGUUCGUUGCUUUAUCCGGAAUACAGUACGCCGGAUCACACCUAAAGGAACUUCAACUUGCCUUUAAGAACCCAACAGCGAACCUAGGACUUAUCUUCAAAGAAGGUUCCCGUCGAGUUGCUCGAAGCUUCGGCGUCGGUGGGUCCGACUUAGGUCCCUUUGUAGUAGAACCAUUGAAGGAUUCGGCAAAUCUGUGUGAAGAAUCUAUUGACUCGUUUUCGUUGGCUGUGGAAACACUGCUUUUCAAGUACGGCAAACGGGUAGUUGAGGAACAGUUUCUUCUGAUCCGAUUGGCAGAUAGUGCAAUCGACAUCUACGCGAUGGUGAACGUAUUGUCACGAGCCUCACGGGCCGUGAGAAACAAUCUACCAUCCGCUGAGCAUGAAGUGCUUAUGGCAAAGGUUUGGUGUGUUCAGGCGAGCGGUCGUGUACAGAACAACUUGAAACAGAUCAACAAGAGAGUCUACCUGGAAAGCUUUACUGCAAUGUCGCAGAUUGCGCGGAAGGUUUGUGAAAACGGGGGUGUAGUUCACAAGCUACCGUUGGAAAUAGAAUUAUAAUGUACACCAAUUCAGCUGAAGGCGAAAUAAAGCACAAAAAGAUACUUGUCUUUCGAUUUUGGUAGAUAAGUUCUGUCCUCACGUGGUUCGCUAACUAAUACUAGCACCUAUGAACUCAGGGCAAUAAAUUUUAA